GAAACAUGUAAACUCAUGGGGGAUCAUGGCACGUUUGGUGAAGUUACAAAGUCAAAUUCAGCAAGUUAGAGUGGAGUUUUUCACCAGACAGAGGAUUGCCGAGGAAAACAGAAAGAGAGAGAAUGCUGCUGCGGUUAAAAUUCAGAGCUGGGUCAGAGGAUGCCGCGUUCGGGCUUAUGUGAGGUAUCUCUCUAAGCACGCAGUCAUCGUACAGAGAACAUGGCGUGGAUUUUCCGCAAGGGCUCUCUUCAGACAUAUGCAGGAGGUAGCAUACUUGGCCAUGAGGAUGAAGUUCUACAAUCAAAUGGCUGUCAGGAUCCAGAGAAGAUGGAGAGGCUACUAUGUGAGGAGAAAUGUGCACAAUUAUUACGAGCGUAAGAAAUAUCUGGAGGCAUUAUCCAAGAAGAAUGAGGAAAUAAGGAGGGAGCUGGAGGAGUUUGGGCAGUACCAGCAGAAGGAGAGGCACUGGGUGGCAGUGGAGAGAGAGGAGAAGAAGAAGUAUCAGCAGGCCCAGAGACAGCACUUCCUGCUCAGCACCAUACAGUGUCCAGGAGUGUAUAACUCUCCGUUCCGCGGGGCCCCUAGUGAGAUGGAGGAGCGUAUGAGGCGAGUGACUCCAGUGCUGGCCCAGUCUGCCGCCCGCCAGGCCAGGAGCAAACACAGACAGCAGAGGAUGGCCCAGGAGCAGCAGAACGCCUCCUUCCUGCCCCCCAUCAACGCCAAGAAACCUCAGGGGCCCUUCCGUGCGGCGGAGGAGGUGUGGCGGCAGCGCCAGCGGCCCCUGGAGCCGUCGCUCCGCGUGGCCACAUCCAUCACCGCCCUGGAGGAGGCCAGAGAGCAGCUCAGGAGCCAGGAGCUCAGCGGCCGCCUCAUCGACCACCCGUUCUGGCCGUUCGCGAGCGCCCAUAAAAGCAGGAAGUACCAGCCCCUGAUCCACACACGGAGCGCCUUCCAGCCGCUGCCCUACGGGACGAAGCACUUCAGGGAGGACACGAAGCACACACUGCAGGACAAAGAGGCUUUCAAGACUGUCUUCACCACUUGCCACGUCUUCGACAAAUAUGGACGUCUCUAUUCUAACGCUGGGAACAUGGUCUGAGAAGAGCGUUUGGAACAUCAUUUAAGUGUGUGCUCCCUCAGAAGAGUGUUUGGAAACAUCAUUAAAGUGUGUGCUUCCUGA